AUGCAUCUCCAAGCCCUCUCUUUCCUGGCUGCUCUGCCAUCCGCCAUGGCCACAAUGUCCGCUCUCUCGUACUCUCCUCCACCAGAACUCCUGGCCCAGUCUCGGACUCAAAGCAGCUGCAACCUCCCCCCGGGUUUUCAGAUCAAGGACUUCACGGCCAAAUCGAACGAAACCGGCCCGGCUGCCUCGUUGACGGCAUACAACUUCACCUUUGUGGACCAGACGACUAGCGUUACCACCAACUGCCGGUUUAACUCGAGCUCUGUUUCCACGACGCCUCCAGGUUUGACACCUAGGUUCGCGUGCGAUAAGAGCGGCAUCAGCGGUGUCAAGUUCAUCUGGGACAACACGAAAAGGCAGUUGACCAUGGUGGAGAGGAUCUGCCCCAAUACCAAGGGUGCUGCCACGUGGGAGGUGGCCGGCUCAACGACUAUUCCCUUGUCUUGCUCUUCGCCAUCGGGAACUUGCACAACGAACUCGACUAGUAUCGACGUGAAGUUCACCGCAUUGGACCCUAUAACAGAUCCCACUUUGGCCAAGUACUGGGUGAGCUAG